CUCCUUUUCUCUCCCUCUCUCUCUCUCUCUCACCCUGACGGGAGGAAAGAAGGAAAGGAACAAAGACCGGCUGUCAAAAUUUUCUCUGCGCAGUGAGGGGAAUUCUGGAAAUCGAGAGGAAGAAGUGGGGGAAAGAGAGAAUAUGGAGGCUGCAAAUCUAGGGUUUCUGCGGUUCUAGGGUUUGGCUUGGCGCGAAUUGGGUUUUUGUGAGCUUUGUGGGCUUGUUUAUGGAGCGGAUGGAGUGAGCGUCGGAGAAGGGAGUGGUGCUUGGAUUUUGAUUCGGGGAAGCACGUAACGUUUCAGAUGUUUAGCGAUAAGAUAUGUUGUUUUGGUACUAAUUAUUCGCAGUUGGGUGUGCGGUCUUCGGCUAACUCGGGUAAAGGGAAAAAUCAGCAAGGUCCUGUCAAAAUUAUAUAUGGAUUCAGCUUGGUGAAAGGCAAGGCCAGUCAUCCCAUGGAGGAUUAUCAUGUAGCAAAGUUUGUUCGAGUCAAUGGACAUGAGCUUGGAUUAUUCGCUAUCUAUGAUGGACAUCUGGGAGAUAGUGUUCCUGCUUAUCUGCAGAAGCACCUGUUCAACAACAUACUUAAGGAGGAAGAAUUUUGGUCUAAUCCACAGCUGUCCAUAUUGAGAGCCUAUGAGAAGACGGACCAAGCCAUUCUGACUCAUAGCCCUGACUUGGGAAGGGGUGGAUCCACAGCAGUUACUGCCAUUACUGUAGACGGACAAAAGCUUUGGAUUGCCAAUGUUGGUGACUCGAGAGCAGUUCUUUCUAGCAGUGGGAAUGCAGUGCAGCUGACAACUGAUCAUGAACCUAACACUGAACGUGGGAGCAUAGAGACAAAAGGCGGAUUUGUUUCAAACAUGCCAGGUGAUGUACCAAGAGUCAAUGGUCAACUUGCUGUUUCUCGUGCUUUUGGAGAUAAGAGCCUGAAAUCACAUUUAAGAUCAGAUCCUGACAUACAGCAUGUUGAUAUCACUGGCAGCGUUGAGUUUCUUGUUCUUGCAAGUGAUGGCCUCUGGAAGGUAAUGAAUAAUCAGGAGGUCGUUGAUUUUGCCAGAAAGAUCAAGGAUCCCGUGGCUGCAGCAAAGCAAUUAACAGCAGAAGCGGUGAGUAGAGAAAGUAAAGAUGAUAUAUCAUGUAUUGUUGUACGAUUCAGAUCUCUAUGAGGCAAUCUUCUCCAAGAAUCUUGGUUAUCAUGAAAUUUGAUUGUAUUUGAAGCCAUCUAAAUGGAAAUCACCAUUCAUACCUUUAUGAUUCCUAUGCCAUAGGAAUCUUGUCUGCAGAUAAAACCCCAUAUAACCUUUUCUUGUAAAGUUCCACUCCCCUUCUAGUUUUUGUGGUUUGAAAAAUCUAUGAUUUGUUCAAGGUAUUAAAGUUGUUAAUUGUUUCA